CGCGGCCGGCGACGAGAGGGGGGAUACCGCGUCGGGGGAGGAAGAAGGGUAAGGGAGGGGAGGGAGCAGGAAUGCGGAUGCUGUCCAAGGCGUGCUCGCUCGUGGCCUCCUCCCUCCCGCGCUGCUCCUCCUCGGCCGCCCCCUCGAUCAGAGGGCAGCCUUCGUUGCUGCCAAGCGUGCGCAAGGAAUGGCUCGGCAAGCCGCUGCUGUAUGGGAUUGGCACGCUGCUCGUUAUGCCUCUGAGGACGCUGCACGGGGUGGGACGGAUGUUUGGCGCUGGGCGAUUCCUCUGCAACAUGACCAGCGUCUCGUCGUCGCUGCAAAUUGAGCUCGUACCCUGCCUUCAAGAUAACUAUGCUUACAUCCUACAUGAUGUGGAUACUGGAACAGUUGGAGUUGUGGACCCUUCUGAAGCAAUGCCUAUCAUAGAUGCACUAGAAAAAAGAAACCAGAACCUGACCUACAUACUAAACACCCAUCAUCACUAUGACCAUACUGGUGGCAAUUUGGAAUUGAAGGCAAAAUAUGGCGCAAAGGUGAUUGGUUCUGCGAAGGACAGGGAUAGAAUUCCUGGCAUUGACAUAGCUCUUAGUGAGGGUGACACCUGGAUGUUUGCUGGUCAUCAAGUUCUUGUAAUGGAAACUCCUGGCCAUACAUCAGGUCAUGUGUGCUAUCAUUUCCCUGGAUCUGGUGCAAUAUUCACAGGGGACACAUUAUUUAGUUUGUCAUGUGGAAAGCUUUUUGAAGGGACUCCGCAGCAGAUGUACUCUUCACUCCAGAAAAUUAUAGCACUUCCAGAUGAGACGAGAGUGUAUUGCGGACAUGAAUAUACAUUGAGUAAUUCAAAGUUUGCCUUGAGCAUAGAACCAGGAAAUGAAGACCUAAAGGAAUAUGCUGCAAAUGCUGCUGAUCUCCGCAAGAGGAAUACACCCACGGUGCCAACAACAAUUGGGAGAGAGAAGCAGUGCAAUCCUUUUCUGAGGACCUCAAGCCCAGAAAUAAAGAAAACACUGUCCAUUCCAGACCAUUUUGAUGAUGCACGUGUGCUUGAAGUUGUUCGACGAGCCAAGGAUAACUUUUAACUAACCACAAAGAAAAUUCUCACGUCCAUAACCCAACUGGCAUGUUGAGAAGAGCAGCAGACAGAAAAACUCUACAGGAGAAGAAACAUAAGAACAAAAGGUAUACAACUAUAAGAUCGAGCCUAGUCGUUUCUUAAAUGCUUCGGCAAAAUUGUGUCGCAGUGUAUGUAGCUCGGGCAGUGCUUGUAAAAUGUCGGUCCAGUUAGCAGUUGGUGAUUCUUUUUAUCAGCUACAAAUAAGUGUGAUCUGUUAUCAUCAACUCUGUAAAAAGAAUGCGAGUUGAGGUUGAUAGUUUUCCUAGAACCUUCAAUGCGUCUUGGUGAAUAUUGUUUCAUUGGCAGUUUUUAAUAGGCAGUUCUUAGGCAG